GGCGCUGCGCCAGGACGCACGGCACGGGGACCCGGCGCGCGGGACACUUUUUGCAGCGUGCGGGCUAUAAGGAGAGGGGAGUGGCGCUCUGGUCAACAGAGAAGAGAGGAGAGAGACUCCACACGCAGACUGUAGCACGGCAGCGCCCGGAAUAAGGCGAUUAGCGCACUAUUAGUUCCGCUCCCGAGCUCAACUAGAUGCAGCGCAGAGAUCAUUGAGGGGAGAGGAGAGAGAGCUCGGAUGGAGAGGACGCGUUAUGCGCCACAUGGAUCGGCUUUGCUUCUUAUUGAUUUGCCUAGAUAAGUUACCUACUCUUAGUUUUUUGGCUGCCGGACAUCUCAGACACUCCGCAGCUCAUCUCUAUCUCAGAUCAAGGAGCAUUCUUAUAAACAAAUAAGGGGUUUUCCUAGAGGAGGGACGCACAAUGAAGAGGAAAUAUCUGGGAACGUCUCAGAGGAGCGAUCCAGUCCCUUCCUUUCUCAGCCCCGCUGUGAGCUGCUAGUGCUGUUCUUCCUGGUGGAUUGUAUCUGUUCACCUCAGGUGAACUCCCUAAAGGAAGUGCUGCCAUGGAGUUUGACAAUGAGACCAGCCAGAACAUUUCCAGCAUGGACGCGUACGGGCUCCAGGUGGCCCUGCCCCUCAGCGUGCUGGUGGGCUUCAUGAUCCUGUUGAUAGUAUUUGGUAAUGUGCUGGUGGUCAUAGCCGUGUUUACAAGCCGAGCCUUGAGAGCUCCACAGAACUUAUUUUUGGUCUCUCUGGCGUCGGCAGACAUUUUGGUCGCGACCCUUGUGAUGCCCUUCUCCUUGGCCAAUGAGCUCAUGGGAUACUGGUACUUUGGGGAGGUCUGGUGUGAGAUCUAUCUUGCACUCGAUGUGCUUUUCUGUACUGCCUCCAUUGCCCAUCUGUGUGCUAUCAGCUUAGACCGCUACUGGUCCAUCACGCAGGCCAUCGAGUACAACCUGAAGAGGACUCCACGCCGAAUCAAGUGCAUCAUUUUCAUCGUGUGGGUCAUUGCUGCAGUCAUCUCCUUCCCGCCUCUGAUCACCAUGGAGAAAGAGAACAGUGAGAAAACUCCAGUGUGUAAAAUCAACAACGACAAAUGGUACGUGGUCUCCUCCUGCAUCGGCUCCUUCUUCUUGCCAUGUGUCAUCAUGGUGCUGGUCUACAUACGAAUCUACCAAAUCGCCAAAAAACGGACGCGGGCGCCACCAGGAGACCGGAAGUGGAAUGAUUUGUCCAAGCCUGUAAACAUCUCUGCAGCCAACCUGAAGGAGAACGGCGUGGAUGAUGAUGCCAAGCAUCACCUCUGCCGCAAGAAGCUCAGUGAUGAACAGGACAUUGAGCUGAAGGAGGGGGUCAGAGACGAAGGGGGAGCUGGAGGAGAGGUCAACGGGGUGGACCUGGAGGAGUCCUCCUCCUCUGACCACAAGGUGAACAAUCCGUGCUCCAUUAAAAAAAAAUCUAAUAAGGGGAAACCCAGACUCAGCCAGAUCAAACCGGGGGACGCUAGCAUCCAAAAGCAGGUGCAGAGCAACAAGGGCAGCCGUUGGAAGGGCCGGCAGAACCGGGAGAAACGUUUCACCUUUGUGCUGGCGGUGGUCAUCGGAGUCUUUGUCGUAUGCUGGUUUCCCUUUUUCUUUACAUACAUGCUGAUGACGCUUUGUGAGUCGUGCGCCGUGCCGCUCACCCUGUUCAAGUUCUUCUUCUGGUUUGGCUACUGCAACAGUGCCCUGAACCCCCUCAUCUACACUAUCUUCAACAACGACUUCAGAAGAUCGUUCAAAAAGAUUCUGUGCAGGACGGACACCAGGAGAAACGUAUGACUCCACAUACUAAUAUGUAUUUUUUUAAUAAUAUUGUGCAUACAUAGUGAAACAUUUUGCUCAUUGUGCAUGAACAGAACAUUUGUGAACAUUUUUUGUGCAGCUGCACCGGAGUGGCUCUGUGUACAGCAUCUCCACCAGCCACAGCUUCAACACAGGUGGAGACCACAGAACACCACAGUCAGAACACAUUUUUAUUGUAACUGCUGUUCUUAUUUUUUUGGUCACAUCAACAGGAAAACAGUGAAAUCCAAGACAUGUAUUAAAUUUAUAUGUUGUGUAAAAUGACCCGUCUGAGUAAUUGUCUGUUUUAUGGAUGCAGUGUUGUUUCUUUUUGUAUGAUGUGAUGAUAAUGAUGCACAAAACGAUGAUGAAAUGUGACAAAAAUGCAUAUUACUAAAAAUAAAUAAAGCCCUUUUUUAAUGGA